UCCUCAUUCCAUUCUACAUCAAACAUUAUUCUAAUUAAGGUUGUGUGUGCUCUCACCCACAAGACAUGGCAAUAAUCAACAUCGCAUAUGCAUGCUUCUUGUUAACAACGUGACUAUGUGCCUAUAAAUCCCCAUCAUCAUUCCAACCCUAAACACAAACACACAAACUCUCUUCACACAUCAUAUUCACUAACUCAACUCUCAAAGCUUGCAAGCUAAAUUAUUCAUUCUCAAUAACACACCGUAAUACAAUAAUGAAAAUCCCAUCAAUGCCAUCAUCACCCUCCUUCUCCUUUGUUCUCUUCCUUUUAUUCCUCAUUGUACCAUUACUACAAGCCCAACAACAAUCUCCAUCAAAAAACGCCCCUCCUCCUCCUCCUCCUCCUCCUCCUACUUCAUUGCCUCCGCCUGCUUCGGCUCAAAAACAUUUUCCUCCUCCACCUCCACCUUCUUCUUCGACUCGAAAAGAUGCUCCACCUCCUCCUCCUCCUUCACUGCCUCCACCUGCUUCGGCUCUAAAAUAUUUCCCUCCUCCACCUCCAACUUCUUCUCCACCUCCUCCUUAUUUUCCUCGAAAAUAUGCUCCUCCUCCUCCACCUUCCCCUUCCUCUCAUCCCUCGCCUUCUCCAGCUCCAAUGCUUACCCCUCCUUCUCCGCCUUCAAAACACUCCCCUCCUCCGUCUCCACUACCACCUUCUACCUCUUCAGCUCCUCCCUCUCCUUCUCCAGUUUCUCCUCCUCCUUCUCCUUCCUCCAAAGAAGCCUGCCAGUCUACACUGUACCCAAAACUCUGCCGCUCCAUUCUAAAAUCCAUUCGCUCGUCACCAUCCGAUCCAUACAACUUAGGGAAAUUCUCCAUCAAACAAAGCCUCAAAAAAGUCAAGAAGCUCGCAAAAGCGUUCGAUGACUUCCUCCACCACAAGUCGUCUUCUUACCUCAACCAAGCCGAGAUCUCGGCUCUCGACGACUGCCGCGACCUCAACCAACUCAACGUAGACUACCUCCAAACCGUCUCCGACAACCUCAAAUCUGCGACCUCAUUAGACAGCAAUAGAAAUGAGGAAUUGGUAGAGGACAUCGAAACGUAUCUCAGUGCGGUGGCUACUAACCACUACACUUGCUAUGAUGGGUUGGUGGCGGCGAAGAGUAACAUCGCAGACGCGCUCGCGGUGCCUCUGAACGAUGUGAAGCAACUGUAUAGUGUGUCGCUUGGGUUGGUUACGGAGGCUCUGAACAAGAAUAGGAAGAAGCAUAAGACAAGAAAGCAUGGUCUCCCUACUAAUGACUACAAAGUUAGACAGCCUCUGAAGAAGCUCAUUAAGUUUCUUCACACAACAACUAAUAAUAGUUGCAAAGAAUCAUCAUUCAAUUGUACAAGGAAAAGCGAAAGGAUUCUUGAGGAAAGCAAUAACAACAGCAAAGGAAUUCUACUGAACAGCUAUGUGAUUGUGAGCAUUGAUGGGACAGGGAACUUCACUUCCAUUGGAGACGCCAUUGCUUUUGCUCCGAACAAUUCAAGAUCAGAAGAUGGCUAUUUCCUUAUCUAUGUCACAGAAGGGUGCUACGAGGAAUAUGUCACUAUCCCCAAACAAAAGACUAACAUUUUGCUUGUUGGAGAUGGUAUCAAUAAGACUGUCAUCACAGGGAAUCAUAGUGUCAUAGAUGGUUGGACAACUUUCAAUUCUUCAACUUUUGCUGUUUCUGGAGAUAGAUUCAUGGCAGUAGAUAUUACAUUCAGAAACACAGCUGGCCCUGAGAAGCACCAAGCAGUAGCACUUAGAAGCAACGCUGAUCUCUCCACAUUCUACCGAUGCAGUUUUGAAGGAUAUCAAGACACACUCUACGUUCACUCUCUCAGACAAUUUUACAGAGAAUGUGACAUCUAUGGAACGGUAGACUUCAUCUUUGGUAACGCAGCCGUAGUUUUCCAGAGCUGCAACAUCUACGCAAGAAAGCCAAUGACUAACCAGAAAAACUCCGUCACGGCGCAAGGCCGGACGGAUCCAAACCAAAACACCGGAAUCUCAAUCCAAAAUUGCACCAUCCAGGCCGCCCCUGACUUGGCGGCCGACGUGGAAUCCACGCCGAAUUACUUAGGUAGGCCGUGGAAAGAGUACUCGAGGACGGUUUAUAUGCAGUCAUAUAUUGGUGACUUGAUUAGCCCUUCUGGAUGGUUAGAGUGGAAUGGGACCGUUGGGUUAGACACACUCUUCUAUGGUGAAUUUAAUAACUAUGGUCCUGGUGCUGGUACAAGUAACAGAGUAAAAUGGAAGGGUUACAACUUGUUGAAUGCUACUCAAGCUUGGAAUUUCACUGUUCUUAAUUUUACCUUGGGAGAUACAUGGCUUCCUUACACUGAUAUACCAUACACUGCAGGCCUAGAAGAUUAAUUAGAUUGCUAUCAUUUUACAUACUGAAUAUUGAAUUUGAUUUUUUAUUUGUUAUAUGCAAUAUGUAGACAUGUAGCUAUUGUGACGAGAAAUCAAAGUUAUCUUUUGAAAAAGGAAAGGGAGCAACAUAUUUUUAACACAAAAUGAUUAAUGAUGGUGCUGAUAUCGAUACAAGAAACUAUUGAAAUAAUGACUGGUUUAUAACCGAUUAAAAUUUUAUGUAUGA